GCACUAUCGAGAGAACCAUAUGGCAGCUUCCUAGAACAGGUGCUUGGUUUCAGCUUGCAUUGAACGAGUUUUCAGACCAAGAAUGGUACGAAAACUUUCGCUUGUCCAGGGCGACAUUUCGAUUUCUUUUUGAAGGACUUAAACCAGAACUGACAUUGCAAGAUACAAAGAUGAGGAAAGCUGUUGAAGUAGAA